GGGAAUCUGAGAUCUUAUCACCUCUUGCUGGAGGCUGAGUGGACUCUGGCAGCCUUUUUAUUCUGUGACUCGGGCAGGAUGUUAUCUAGUACCCACCUAGGAGGGUAACUGGGAAGGAAAAAAAAAGAAAAGAAAAAAAGACAUCCCAAACUCAGUAACUUUAUAACUGCUGUGUCAAGUCAAAGAAACUUGGAGUAAACUCUCACCAUGCAGUUUCUGACGGCUGUGGAGCCACAGCCCAUUUCCACACCAAGCUGGAAGACUGAGACCAAAUAUUCUACCAGAGUGCUUACUGGAAACUGGGUUGAAGAGAGGAGGAAGUUCACCAAAAUCACUGAUGAAAUACCACAGUGCACUUACAGAAAAGACUAUGUGCCCUUCCCAGGCCACAGACCUGACCAGAUCUCCAGGUGGUACGGGAAGAGGAGAGUGGAGGGACUCCCGUACCAGCACCUGAUCACCCACCACCAGGAGCCCUCCCACCGCUACCUGAUCAGCUCCUACGACGACCAUUACAGUCGGCAUGGCUAUAACCCCGGGCUGCCUGCGCGCCGUUCCUGGAGCAGACAGAAGUCGGAGUGGCUUCCAGAGAAGUCUGACUUUCCCCUGCUGGCUCCCCCGACGAACUAUGGACUCUGGGAGAAGCUGAAGGGCAGAUGGCUGGCACUUCAAGCUGCCCCAAGGGAGAGCAUCUACACCUCGUCCUACCUCAGACCUCCGCCAUGUGCCAUGUCGCGGCGGGAGCAUGCCAUCCCGGUCCCUCCCCGUCGCCUGCACCCUGCCCCCCACUUCUGAGGACUGUCACCCACAGGCAAUGCAGACCCAGUCAACCGGGACCACUAGUUGGUUCUAUGUGACCUACCAGCCAACAGGCAGGUCCAAAAAAUAAAUAGCCAGUUUGUCUACUGACCAAACCCCACAGACACAGAAUCAUAACAUGAAUCUGAAGGAUCACCCUUCCCUUUCACAGCCCCAGGUACCUUUCCUGUCUGUCCCACAACUGAAGCUCUUUGAUACAGUAAUACAAA